CUUGAGCGGGGAGGUGUCGUUAUUCGCGCGCUAACAAUUUGACUAGAAAAAUGGAGACAGGAAACUCUCAACCCUUUUUUAAAUGCGAUUAUCGAUUAUCAAAAGACAAUUCAUUAUACGAAUUGAAGAAAUUUACGUCUUGCGACGUGGCAGCACUGAGUUAAUGAAUUUCUGUGUUAGUGCUGAAAGUCCGAAUUUUCUCACUUGAUGUACCAUCUAGAAUACACGUAACUCUGCUUGCCGGGAAGCCGGAUGGUGAUUGGCCGAUCGGGAAUGUUGCGAUGUAACGGGGAGGAACCACAGACAUGACAGACAUUUAUAAAUCUAUAUAUAUUUACAGUUUUGUUAUCGAGGCGUGUGAUUUGUGUUGAUUUUUCGAGCGAAAUAUUCGCUGUGUAAAUUGCGCGCCAAUCGAUCGAAUGAGGAAAAAAUAGUGGAACGAAAGAAUGAAUAAUGAAUGAAAGAAAUAGUGUGAUAGAAAGGAAGGAUAGAUAGCACCUCGACGAGCUUUUAUUGCGAAAGAAAAACAGAGUUUCUUGUUCGCACAUACGUGUUUAAAUUCUACAAAUGAACGCUCUGCGUUGUUUUAGAAGCUUGGAGAUCUGUGCAAAUCUAUGCACACUGUACAAUAAAUCGAAUAUAUUGACUUGCAAAUAAAAAGAAUGCUGUGUUUUGCACGAAUCGCCGAUGAAAUACUUGCAACCAAAGUUCUCGUGCAUUCUUCGACAUUGUCAAUUUCUAUUUUAAUUUUUUAUGAAGUAAUAAUUUUUGCUUCUUUUUAAAUAAUAAUUAUAUAAGACAACGUGUGCAAUCACGCAAUAUUCGCCUAAUUCUCUCGUAUAUGGCAAGAGAAUCUUUAAACAAGUAAACUGUGAUAAAGAAUUAUUAACACCAAAAAAACAUGCACAGAAUCAUCGAAUUAAUCUUAAACAGCGCCUUAUUAUGGAUAUUCUUGCAAACGUUGCUGAGUGUAUUAAUUACUGUUCUGUACGAGUUUUGCAUUCCUUGGAUCGUUUGGGGCUCGUUAAUUAUUGUGAUUGCACUCAGAUUUACCCGAGUGUCUCCUCCGCCUGUCAAAACUGUCCAAAAAGUACUCGGUGUGAAUCCACUCCUCUUGGGCAAAAAUAACUCUGUGCCUGAAAAACAUGGUAACGGAGAGGAAUACUGCAUGCGAGUGGUGGCUCACCGUGGUGGAGGAUACGAUUAUCCUGAAAACAGUUUGCUGGCUUUUCGAAAUAGCAAGGGAAAGGGCUGCAGUGCUGUAGAGCUUGAUUUAAGACUAACAAAAGAUAACAUUCCAAUAAUAUUUCAUGACUCAACAAUUGAAAGACUUACAGGCCAAACAGGAACAAUUAGUGAGAUGACAUGGGAGGAAUUGAGAGAGUUAGAUAUAUCUUAUAAUCAUCCACUUAGGAAUAAGUUUUCUGAUGGCGAGAGAAUCGCGCUGUUAUACGAUGCGCUGCAAGAAUGUCUGAAUGGCGAACAGAGAGUAAUUAUAGAUAUAAAAGAAACUAGGACGGAUGUCGUGCAAGUUGUUCUAGAUGCGUACAAAAAAUAUCCAAAAUUAUUUGAAAGAGGCAUUGUAUCGAGUUUCAAUCCAAUCAUAGUAUACAUGAUUCGAAAGAAAGAGCCACGUAUUGUCUCGGGUCUUGCUUGGAGGCCGUAUUAUUUUUCGAGAUUAUCAUACGCUGGCCUGGAAGCGCUUGGCGCGGCACGAUUUCAUAAUCCGUUUAAACAUUUGGCAGCUUGCAUCUUGGAAUUUUUGUACGAGUGGUUACUAUCUCGCUUCGUUUAUUAUAUCAUUGGUAUUUCUGCUAUAUUAUUGCACAAGGACAUAGUAAAUCCACGCGUAAUAGAACGGUGGUCCGAACGUGGUAUUCGCGUGAUGGCAUGGACGGUAAAUCGACCGUCAGAGAAAACGCACUUCUCGAGGCUCUUCAAAGUCACUUAUCUAACUGAUACGCUACAUCUAGAGAAGGACAUGUAGUAAAUGUCCGAUAUAUUUGUUCAGUAUUAAUUUUCAAAGACUUGUAUGGUAUGCUGGCAUUAUACACGUACAAAUUUUUCUACUUCUGAUUACAUAGAUUAUGUCAUAAUCAAGCAUCUAGUCGGGUCUCAAAUUGACUUAAACUUAGAAUAUAAGGCACUCGUUUUAUAAUUGGAGACAAAGGAAUCUAUCGCUUUUACGUUCUAAUCGAAUGUAUGCAAAAUUUUCAUUUUAUUGAAAAAUAAAAUAUACUUUGACAUAAA